AUGGCUCGACCAUAUGAAGGCAAACUCGCAAUCGUUACUGGUGCCUCACGAGGCAUUGGAGCUGGAGUAGCCAAGCGGCUCGCAGCCAAAGGCAGCAACGUUCUCGUUACUUUUACUUCAGAAUCAUCCAAAGAUCUGGCACAGGAGAUUGUCCAAGAACUCAAAACAAAGCACAAUGUCCACAGCCAGUCUAUCCAGACGGAUCUCACCCAAGCAACCAACGCAGCAACCGUCAUUCUCGAGGCCGCGAAAAGCCUCUUCCACAGCUACAACCCCCAGGGGAAAUUCCAAGUCGACAUCCUCAUCAACAAUGCCGGCGUCUCGUCAAACCAGCACAUGAACGACCCCAAAAAGGGCGCCAUUACCGAAGCCGAGUUCACGCGAGUCUACGCCGUCAACGUGCUGGCACCGCUGCUCCUAACGCAGACCGUGGCGCCAUAUCUGCCUACAGACCGCUCAGGCCGCAUCGUCAACGUCUCCAGCGUCUCAUCCUCUAUUGGCUACAUCGGCCAAUCUGUCUACGCGGGCAGCAAAGGCGCCCUCGAAGUCAUGACCCGGACAUGGGCCCGCGAACUCUCGGAGCGAGCAACCGUCAACUCAGUCAACCCUGGACCUGUUUGGGGCGACAUGUACGCUGAAGCAGGCCCGGCAUUCUGGUCUACGAACCAGCCAUUCGUGGAUGUGGCUCCGCUGACGGCCUACAAUGGCGAGGCUAACGUGCUGGAGCAAGUGGGACAAGAUGCCGACAAGUUUGACAAGCUCGUGCGAGGAGGUAUGGGUGGACGACGGCCCGGUUUUGUUGAUGAGAUUGCUGGGACGAUUGACAUGUUGUGCACGGAGGAGAGUGGAUGGACGACGGGGAGCGUGGUUUGCGCAAACGGGGGAAUGAGGAUGAACCUGGCAUAG